AUGCACAUACAUUUUUGUUUACCUCAAUUGCUUGAAGAGAAUAUUAUGACAUUUUUGAAGAAUGAGCUGAAUAGGUUCAAGAGGAUUCUUAGUCCAGAACUCCCAGAAGGCUUUGAGAGUCAGAAGCAGGAUAAGGAAGUGGUGGAUGCUGAAGAUGAGAAGCAGGAGAGCAGUGCCAGGAAGGGGGCUCUGAAGAUCACACUGCACAUCCUGAGGAAAAUGAACCAGAAGGAGCUUGCUGACACACUGGAGAAAAAAGAGCUUGCUGUGAUUUGCCAACGUGAACUCAAAUCUAAUCUAAAGAAGAAGUUUCAAUGUGUAUUUGAGGGGAUCGCUAAACAAGGAAACCCAACACUUCUCAAUAAGAUCUACACAGAGCUCUACAUCACAGAGGGUGGAACAGGAGAGGUCAAUAAUGAACAUGAGCUGAGACAGAUUGAGACAACAACCAGGAAACAAGCAAGACCAGAGAGAGGAAUCAAAUGUAACGACAUCUUCAAACCCUUAACUGGACAAGACAAACUUAUCAGAACUGUGCUGACAAAGGGAGUCGCUGGCAUUGGAAAAACAGUCUCUGUGCAGAAGUUCAUUCUGGACUGGGCUGAAGGAAAAGCAAAUCAGGAUGUCCAAUUUGUAUUUUCAUUCCCUUUUCGGGAGCUGAAUUUGAUGAAAGGGGAGAAACACACUUUGAUUGAACUUCUCAAUCACUUCUCAAUGGAAACCAAAGAAUCAAGAAUCUCCAACUAUGACAAGUACAACGUUCUGUUCAUCUUUGAUGGUCUGGAUGAGUGCCGACUGCCCCUAGACUUCCAGAAGAACAAGAUCUGUUGUGACGUCACAAAGUCAUCCUCUGUGGAUGUUCUGCUGACAAAUCUCAUCAAGGGAAAUCUGCUUCCCUCUGCUCUCCUCUGGAUAACUACCCGACCUGCAGCAGCCAAUAAGAUCCCUUCAGGGUGUGUUGACCAGGUGACAGAGGUACGAGGGUUCAAUGACCCACAGAAGGAGGAGUACUUUAGGAAGAGAUUCAGUGAUGAGGACUUGGCCAGCAGAAUCAUCUCACACAUAAAGACAUCAAGGAGCCUCCACAUCAUGUGCCACAUUCCAGUCUUCUGUUGGAUUUCUGCAAUAGUCCUUGAACACAUGCUGAAACAUAAGAGAGAAGAGAUGCCCAAGACUCUGACUGAGAUGUACACACACCUUGUGGUGUUUCAUACCAAAUGGAAGAAUGAGAAGUAUCAUGGGAAAGAAGAGACAGGCCCACACUGGAAUAAAGAGAGCAUUUUGUCACUGGGAAAACUGGCUUUUCAACAGCUUGUGAAAGGCAAUAUGAUUUUCUAUGAAGAAGACCUGAAAGAGGCUGGCAUUGAUGUCAAUGAAGCAUCAGUGUACUCAGGAUUUUGCACCCAGCUCUUUAAAGAGGAAUGUGGGCUGUACCAGGACAAGGUGUACUGCUUCGUGCAUCUGAGCAUUCAGGAGUUUCUGGCUGCUCUAUAUGUGCUCCUCUCAUUCAUCAACAACAAUGAGAAUCUAAUGGCCGAAUCGCAAUCAAAGUACAGGAACUUUACUGCGCUGUUCAGAGACAAGCCUGAAGUUACUUUCUACAAGAGUGCUGUGGAUAAAGCCUUACAAAGUGAGACGGGAAACCUGGACCUUUUCCUCCGCUUCCUUCUGGGCCUCUCACUGGAGUCCAAUCAGAAGCACUUACGAGGUCUUCUGACAAAGACAAGAAGCAACUCACAGAGCCAUGAAGAAACGGUCAAGUCCAUCAAGAAUAAGAUCAGGGAGAACCCCUCUCCAGAAAAGUGCAUCAAUCUGUUCCACUGUCUGAAUGAAUUGAAUGACCAUUCUCUAGUGGAGGAGAUUCAAAGCUACCUGAGCUCAGGAAAUGUCUCCAGUGAAGAACUCUCACCUACACAGUGGUCAGCUCUGGUCUUUGUGUUGCUGACUUCAGAAAAGGAGCUAGAUGUGUUUGACCAGAAUAAAUAUUCCAGAUCAGAGGAUGGUCUUCUGAGGCUGCUGCCAGUGAUCAAAGCCUCCAGAGCUGCUCUGCUGUCAGGCUGUGGAGUCACUGAGAAAGGCUGUGCUUCUCUGGUAUCAGCUCUGAAGUCAAACCCCACACACCUGAGAGAGCUGGAUCUGAGUAACAAUGAUCUGAAGGAUUCAGGAGUGAAGCUGCUCUCUGCUGGACUGGGGAAUCACCAAUGUAAACUGGAGAUUCUGAGGCUGUCAGGCUGUCUAGUCACAGAGGAAGGCUGUGCUUCUCUGGUCUCAGCUCUGAAGUCAAACCCCUCACACCUGAGAGAGCUGGACCUGAGCUACAAUCACCCAGGAGACUCAGGAGUCAUACUGCUCUCUGCUGGACUGGAGGAUCCACACUGGAGACUGGAGAAACUCAAGUAUGUAGAGGGUUUAUGUCAAUGUUCAUAUCAGACAUGUUUGACAUGCCUGUGA